AUGCUCAGUGCAGUAUUGAUAUAUACUCCUCGUGGGGAGCUUGUAGUUUCAAAGUUUUAUAAAGGAUCAAUAAAGAGAUCAAUUGCAGAUAUAUUUAGGAUCCAAAUAAUCAAUAGUCUCGAUGUGAGAUCACCGAUUCUUACUUUGGGUUCCACUACAUUUCAUUAUAUUCGUUCAACUAAUAAUAUGUGGUUAGUGACAGUGAACAGAAAUAAUACCAAUUCGGCAAGAAUAUGGGAAUUCUUAUACAGUUUGAACUCUAUUCUGACGAUGUAUGCUAUUGAUAAUAGUGAAUCCCUAAAGGAACAGUUCAUGAUUGCCUAUGAGGCACUAGGGAUCAUGCUAUUGGAGACUGGUAUUAUAGUAGAAACAGAAUUGACGUCAGUUGUGAAACAGAUGUCCCAGAAACCAGUUAGACCUGAAUUAAUUACAGAAGGGAGUAUUUCAUCGCAUAAAAAUAAUAACAGUCACAAUAAUCAUAAUAAUGCAUCUAAAGUUUUCCCAAAUUUUUUGAAACCUAAUGCUGUAAAUAAUGUUACAAGAACGCUAUCAACUAGUGUUUCUUCAAAGAAGAUGAACAAGAAUGAAGUGGUCCUAUAUGUUAAUGAAAGAAUUAAUAUCUUAGUCGCGAAAGAUGGUUCUAUAUUAAAAUCUUACGUCGAUGGUUCUAUUGAUUUAAUGAGUCAUCUACAGGGACAACAAAUAUGCCAGUUUGGAAUAAACGAUUCAAUGGCUGGGAGGGCAAUGCCUCGUGGCGCUGAAACUGCGCAAUCUGUACCGACAUCGGCUGCAACUAGUGUAGAACUAGAGAAUUGCAAAUUUCACCAAUGCGUCGAUCUCGAUAAAUUCGAACAGGAACAUAUAGUAAGGUUUACACCACCGGAGGGCUCUUUAGAGUUGAUGAAAUAUCAUGUGUCUAAGAAUCUCAAUCUACCAUUCAAGAUCACUCCUACUGUUACUGUUAUGACUUCCCCAAGAGAUGGUACAAACUCUUGUGGUGUCGAUUUUAGAAUCAAUCUCAAAUCGUUAUUUCCUUCAAAGCUAUCGGCUACAGAUGUUCAGUUGAAGGUGCCUGUACCACUAGGGACUAUAGAUUGUCAAAUUAAUGUUACCAAUGGUUCUUGUAAAUUUGUCCCAGAAGAGAACGUCAUGUUAUGGAAGUUUAAUAAAUUCCAAGGUCUAACAGAAAAUAUGCUGAGCGCAUUCACUGUAUGCUCAAAGGACACUACAGAACUCUCAUUACAACAGUGGUCCAGACCACCGAUCUCACUCGAAUUUGAAUUGUUAAUGUUUAGCAAUUCUGGCCUUGUAAUUCAUUUCUUCAAUGUUCUUCCAUCAAGAGAUCCGACUGCAUCAAUUCGUACAAUCAAAUGGAUUAAAUACAUCUCGAAAUCGGGAGCAUAUGAGGUCAGAUAUUGA